CAAGGCGCGCGGGGCGGCGCGGGAUCCCGGGGAGCCGGAGGAUUCGCUUGCCAGGGGCGCGCGGCCUGACCCAGUUCCCCCGCGACGAUGAAAUGGAGCACAGCCAUCUGCUGGACUCUCCUCCUGCUGCUUGCCGUCUUCUUCGAAGGCGUCGGUUGCAAAGGAGGGCGCGGCGGAGCCCGAGGCGCGGCGAGGGGUAGCGCCCGCGGCAGCACGCGGCGGUCAAAAUCUUCAACCCGCUACGGCUCAUCCGGGACGGGACUACGGGUGGCGGCGGCAGCGGCGGCGGCAGGUGGCGCGGCUGCAGGAGCGGCCUCAGCCGUGGCAGCUGGCAGGAUGAGGUCCGCUGGCGAGGGCGGCCCGGAAUAUGCAGAGGCGCAGUCUGGCAACAGCACCGGCGAGGGCAGUUACAACUAUCGGGCGUGGACCUCGGGUGCGGAAUCCUGGCGCCUUUCAUAUCUGCCUGCCUGCCUGCUUUGCGUGGCCAGAUUCUUUACCCUCUGAAAGGGGGGGUGGUGGGCACUGCCUGCAAGGGGCCUUUACUCUGUCCUCCCCAACCUUUCCCCAAUGUUCUCAAAUUUUACUGUGGAGCAACUGCUCUGGGCUGCCCCUUUCCCCUGAUUUGGGCUCAAGCAUGGAUACUUCCUAUAAGGAA